GGGAGGCGGGGCUGUGGGCUGAGCUCGGCUGUCUCGCAGAUAGAGGUUCAGUCCGCUGUGUGCGAGUGGGAGAUGGACCGAGGGCGCUCUUCCGAUUAGCGCAGCCUUAAAGCAACUCACAUACCCAGAACUAUUGAAAUAAUAGCAGGGAUCGGGACGAGUAAAACAAACAACAAAAAAAGCAAAACAAAGCGAAUAACUAGUUUAUCUUUCACAUCCACUCCACUCACACACACACGGCAUUGAUGGUAAUGUAUGCAAGGAAACAACCGAGACUCAGUGAUGGGUGUAACGACCGAAGGGAUUCCCAACCCUAUCAGACUCUUAAAUACCCAUCAAAGAGUCACCCCGGCGGUGACCACCGUCAUGAGAAGAUGCGAGAUUCAGCCGACCCCACACCGCCCUGCAAGAUGCUCCGCCGGUCCGACAGUCCCGAAAACAAGCACGGCGACAACAUGGGCCACAACAAGGCGAAAGCAGUGCACGCACACCGGGUCAGAGAGAGAGACGGAGGGACCAGUUAUUCUCCACAAGAAAAUUCACACAAUCACAGUGCUCUUCAUAGUUCAAAUUCACAUUCUUCUAAUCCAAGCAGUAACCCAAGCAAACCUUCUGAAGCACCUUAUGAACCUGCAGACGAUUGGUCUGAACACAUUAGCUCUUCUGGGAAGAAAUACUAUUACAACUGCAGAACAGAGGUUUCACAGUGGGAGAAACCCAAAGAGUGGCUUGAGAGAGAGCAGAGACAAAAGGAAGCCAGUAAGAUGGCAGUCGUUAACAGUUUCCCGAAAGACAGGGAUUACAGACGGGAGGCAAUGCAGGCUACAGCUACGAGUGGGUUUUCCACUGCAAUGGAAGAGAAGCAUUCCAGUGAGGCCAGUAAUGCGCACCCUCAGAGUAUUUUGCCCCUGACAAGCAGACACAGUGACAGAGACUACCGAGUGACCAGAGUAGAGACUCACAGUAGUGCUGCUCCAGUACAGAAUACCAGCAAAACAGUGGUUCACCCAGCAGCUGCUGCCCCAAGCGCUAUUCCUUCUAAUGCUUUUACUCAACAACCUGGCCGCCAGCCAAACAAAUCCUUUGCUGCAAAUGGAGCUGCUGUUUUAUUGAAUCUACCAACAUUCUCCUUACCUACUCCAGUACUGAAAACUGAAAACAGAGAGUCUGCCUCUGCAGAGAAGCCUGCUCCCCACUCCUGUACCUCGCAGUCCUCCUCCUCCUCCUCCUCUUCCUCCUCCAGUUCGGGGCUGAACCCCUCAGGGACUCAGGCCUCCUCGGCCUCCACAGUUCCUGUCUCCCCCGUACCCCAGUCCCCAGCUCCCCCUCUGCUGCAGGACCCCAACCUCCUGAGACAGCUGCUCCCAGCACUUCAGGCCACGCUGCAGCUGAAUAAUGCCAACGUAGACAUGUCCAAAAUAAACGAAGUUCUUACAGCUGCUGUCACACAAGCUUCAUUACAGUCUAUGCUUCAUAAGAUUCUCACAGCUGGACCAUCUGCUUUCAACAUCACUACUUUGCUUUCCCAAGCUGCUCAGCUGUCUACACAAGCCCAGCAGUCUAAUCAGUCCCCAAUGUCGUUAACGUCAGAUGCCUCAUCACCAAGGUCAUACGUGUCUCCAAGAAUAAGCACGCCACAGACUAAUACAGUUCCCUUAAAACCUCUGAUAAACACACCGCCUGUAUCAUCACAGCCAAAGGUUAGUACACCAGUAGUGAAACCAGGACCAGUUCCACAGCCAGUACCUCAGCAGCCUAUUCCUGCUGACAAGCAACAUGGGCACGAACCUGUCUCUCCUCGGAGUCUUCAGAGAUCAAGUAGUCAGAGGAGUCCUUCACCAGGUCCAAAUCACAUCUCUAGCAGCAACGUGUCAUCGAGUACAGCCUCAGUUCCACCUAGUGCACCUGCGAGGCCCACAUGUACAUUUACACCCACGCUAGCAGCACACUUCAAUGAAAAUCUCAUCAAACAUGUUCAAGGGUGGCCAGCAGACCACGCAGAGAAACAGGCAUCAAGAUUACGUGAAGAGGCCCACAACAUGGGAAGCAUUUAUAUGUCAGAAAUUUGUACCGAGCUAAAAAAUCUUAGAUCACUUGUUCGAGUAUGUGAAAUUCAAGCUACAUUGCGUGAGCAAAGGAUACUAUUUUUGAGACAACAAAUUAAGGAACUUGAAAAGUUGAAGAAUCAGAAUUCCUUUAUGGUUUGAGAACUUGAGAAACACGUUGCACAUGGUUGGAACCCAAGAACUGUUAUUCUGUGCCCAGUCUUAACACUUUUGAGCUGCAGUUCAGUUGGCUUUGGACCGUUGGGCUGGGUGAGGAAGUGAGGCAGGGGAGGGGGAGAUGAUUUAAAGGGUAAUACAAGAUUUGUAAAGCCCGACAUGUAGAUUUCUUGUAGAUGUAUCCUUCAUGUUUGUAAAUAUGUUUUGUAGAGUGAAGCCAUGGGGAAUCCGUGGCGAUCAGAGCUUUGACAUCCAAACUAAUCAAUUCUGAGGUGGCUACGUACCUAGCCUUUUACAUAUUAACCUGUCUGCAAACUUUAGCUUUCUUCUGAAUAGAUCCAUGAGCCAUUGCCUCUAGCUUGAGUAGAACUUGCGAUGGGAUGGGGGCGGAACUAAAAUGUGUGGGGUGGGGGGGGGUGACAUGCUAGCUGUUGAUUGCAUUGUAAAGCAGGAUCCUUUUGUAAAUUUUGAGUAAGCUGUGAGGUGGUCUUGAGUAAAGGAGGGUAGCAGGAGGAUGGAGGCCUCAAGGAAACCUCUGGAAGAUCUAGCAUGUGGGGUUGCAAUGGUUCAAGGAUCUAUUUUUACCAUCCAGUGAUCCUGUAUUUCCUAGAAUUAAUACCAGUGCCUGAUGGUGUGCAUUUAAAGCUGCAGCACCUUGAACAGUGUGGUCCAAGAACACACAAGUAAGGGAUAUUCCGAUUCCAGCCACCUUGUAAGAACAGCGCUACAUACCGGAUCUUUGUUGCAGGGCAAAUCUUUUUUAACCCCCUCCAUUUUGUUUUUUCUUCAGUCUUUUUUUUUUUAAACUGUACAUUUUAACACUUUUGAGGUUGUUUUCAAGGCACCUUGGGUCAACCCAAGAUUUCAUUCCUGUGUACAGUUCCUAAAAUAAAGUUUUAAAGUUGCAGUGAUUACUAGUAUAUCCAAUACGUUGUAUACAUAAAUUAUUACUACAUAUUUUCAUUUGCAUCCUGUAAGGUUGGAAUGGAAGUGCUUUUGGGGUUUGUUUUGGGCACUGAUAAGGAGCCUAGGUGAUAAAGGUCCACUCAGCAAGGUAGGGGUGUUGAGAAGACAAAAGGUCAAAUGUGAAAAUGUAUGUAUUGUAAUAAAUAUGCUAAAAAAAAAGCACUGGUUAUUUUUCAUUUUCUUUACUGCUUUUUAAGAAGCUGGAAUGCCCAGGGAAUACUUCAUUUUGAACUAUCCUUGUUGAAAAUCUUUAAACCUCGCUUAUUUUUUUUUAAGAGACAGUACUAAUUUUUAUAAUCGGAGGAAAAGGAAAUUCAACAAGGAUGAGUCGGACCUCUCUCCUGUGAUUGCCCUGUUGUCUUGGCUUUUUUUUCCUUUCUAAUGGUCGUUUGUAUGUGUUGUAGCGAACUGUGCAAGUCCGGUGCUGCCUGCUGUUCUCCACCAUCACAAUGUGUAACUAGAGCACACCACUGGUCAGAAAUGGUGGGCGAGCUCAGCUUUGUAUAUUGUUUCCUAAAGUAUAUAAAAAUAAAAUUAUGCUACCACAGGA